GGCCACACACAUUAAAAUCUCUAGCUGUCCCAUUGAGGAAUGUGGUUCGGUAGAUUGCAUAACCUUUAUUUUGGGCCCAAUGAUUUGAUUCUUGGGGUGAAAAUGGGCAUUGAUCAAAGGUCAUCUAAGUUUUUAAUUCCGUGGCUGAUUUUGUUUUUGUAUUCGCUUUGGUUCAGUUUUCUCUUUUAUCAGAACUUUAAGUAGGAAAGAAGUUAAAAAAUGGUUCUCUAGUGGCAGUUUAAGAUUACCUAUAUGUAAACAAUGACUUGAUUCUUCUCUAGAAGUCAGCCAAAGCGUUAUGACAUUCCUUUGCCUAGUACUGGAGCCUUAUGAUGUUAUUGAGAAUAGUACAAUUUGUGGAAAUGUGCAUAAUUAUUUUGUCUUUAAGUGAAGGUUUUCUUUUACUAUUCUUAUUUCAAAACAUUAAAUUGGAUUCUUUUUUUUCUUUCCUUCCUCUGAUUCUUUUCCUAUAGUUUCUUUUCUUUUUUUAAAAAAAAUUAUUUAUUUUUUGGCUGUGUUGGGUCUUCAUUGCUGCGCGCGGGCUUUCUCUAGUUGCGGCGAGCGGGGGAUACUCUUCGUUUCGUUGCAGUGCGUGGGCUUCUCAUUGCGGUGGCUUCUCGUGUUGCAGAGCACGGGCUCUAGGCUCAUGGACUUCAGUAGUUCUGGCACACGGGCUCAGCAGUUGUGGCUCACAGGCUCUAGAGCUCAGCCUCAGUAGUUGUGGUGCACGGACUUAGUUGCUCCACGGCAUGUGGGAUCUUCCCGGACCAGGGCUUGAACCCGUGUCCCCUGCAUUGGCAGGCGGAUUCUUAACCACUGCGCCACCAGGGAAGCCCAAUAUAGUUUUGUAUUUUAAAUAAAAGUUUCUUUUUAUAAGAAAAUAAUUUGAAUUGAAUAAUGCAUUGAAUUAGAAGAUAAUCUAUUUUAUAUAAUUAAUGAAAAAUGGUUUUGCUUGCUGUAAAAUAGCACUGAAAGAUUUUUGUAUCAAAAUUUAAAUGUCUUUUAAUGUUCUCUGUAGUUCAUUAAAUACUACUAAGGAAUACGGGCACCAUGUUCUACACACAUGUGCUUAUGAGUAAGCGAGGGCCAUUGGCCAAAAUCUGGCUUGCAGCUCACUGGGAGAAGAAACUCACAAAGGCCCAUGUAUUUGAAUGUAAUCUAGAAAUAACCAUUGAAAAAAUUCUUUCACCUAAGGUGAAAAUUGCACUUCGAACUUCAGGACACCUUCUUUUGGGAGUUGUUCGAAUCUAUAAUAGGAAGGCAAAGUAUCUUUUGGCAGAUUGCAGUGAAGCAUUGCUUAAAAUGAAGAUGACAUUUCGCCCAGGACUGGUUGACCUUCCAAAAGAGGAUCUCGAAGCAGCUUACAAUGCGAUCACAUUGCCAGAAGAAUUUCAUGAUUUUGAUCCCCAAAAUAUGAAUGCUAUUGAUGUUUCAGAAUACUUUACUCAGAACCAAAGCAAACCAGAAGAAAUCACACUUAGAGAAGAUUAUGGCAAUGAUCUACUAUUCCACACUGGGAGCUUUGAGGAGGAACCUGAAAUUCUCAGAAGACAUAGCUUCUUUGAUGACAACAUAUUGCUAAAUUCCAGUGGUCCUUUAGUUGAACAUAGUUCUGGAAGCCUCAUUGGAGAAAUGUUUCUGUUCUGUGACAGUGGAGAUGGAUUUGGAGAUGAAGGAGCUGCAGGAGAAAUAUUUGACAAUCUAUUGCAAGAUGAUCAGAAUAUCCUGUUAGAAGACAUGCAUUUAAAUAGAGAAAUUUCCAUGCUUCCUGAGCCUCCCGAUACUAUAGUGGUAGAACCAGAUAAUCCUGAGUGUGUAUGUCCACCUGAAAAUGAAAAAAUGGAUGAAACCACAUUAUCAAAUGAAGAGGAAGGAUUUACCCUUGAGCCAAUUGAUACUUCAGACAUUGCUGAAAAAAGAAAAGGCAAAAAGAGGAAACUGCUCAUAGAUCCAGUCAAGGAGCUCAGUAGCAAAAUUAUGCAUAGACAGCUUACUUCCUUUACGGACACACUCAUGGUUUUGGAACUUGCACCUCCUACCCAAAGGUUGAUGAUGUGGAAGCAGAGGGGAGGAGCAGACACACUUCUGUCAACUGCUGCCCAGGAUCUGACUCAUGCUGAACUGAAAAUGUUGUUUACAAAAUGCUUUGUUUCCUCUGGCUUUAAACUUGGAAGAAAAUUGAUGCAGAAGGAGUCAGUAAGGGAAGAAAUGGGAAGCAAAAACAUAGUAGAGACCUCCAUGAUGGAAGAGCCAAAUUCCCUGCAAGAGUUAAGUCAAUCCAAAACUUGGAAGGAAGCUACUGAUGGAUCUAAGUGUAGCUCUUGUGAGGAUACCAAUAAAAAUAUUAACUCUGAUCAGGAUAUUGCUGAAAUGGUAUCUUCAGCUGCUGAGGAAUCAUCUUUAAUGAAUGCCAUCUUAGCACAAGGAAUUGAAAACUGUCCAAUUGAAUUGGAGUCAUUGGGGAAUGAACAAAAUAUUGAGGCGGAGAGAUGGAAUCGAAGAAUACUUCAGAUGUUAAAUAGCUUGCGGGAAUCCAACAAGAUGGGAAUGCAGUACUUUAGUCUGAUGAAGCUCUGCAGAAAUAAUGACCGAAAACAAGCUGCAGCCAAAUUUUAUAGCUUUCUUGUCCUAAAAAAACAGCGGGCUAUUGAGCUGAGGCAGAGUGCUCCCUAUGCAGAUAUUAUAGCUACAGAGGGACCAAUGUUCCAUAAAAUGUGAAGGAAAUCCAGAACAUGCAGAUUUAUGUCACCACUGGAAUUUCUUUAUAGAUUGUUCAGUUUAAUGCCAAAGCUGUCUGGAAGCAACUGAAGGUCUGAUCCAUUUCAUAGAUAGGUUGAUCUCCUAUUUCCUCUUUGUAAGCUCAGAAUAAUCAUAGCUAGAAUUGGAAACCUAUAUGCUUACAGCAAUACUUAAUUAUAACUAAAUAAUAUUUUAACUUAGCUGACUUGAAUGCAUAUCAUUUACCAUUUCCCUGACUUGAACGUUGCAUUUAGAAUACAUUGUUAAAAUACUUUAUGCCUUCAAGAAACAUUCAAGGAUUUUUUAAAAAUUGGAUUAUUUACUUAAAUUUUAUGGGAUUAAUUAAUAAGUAAUGCUUUCUUAUUUCCCCACAGACAAUAAUUUAUUUGAUCCUGAUCCUAAUGCAUAUCAUUCUUGAUUUGAUAUGCCCUGGCUUUUAAUCUAAUAUCUUAAUUGAAGAGUUAUAAAAUUCACCUUAGCUUUUAAUUAUCUGAGUGGCUUUAGUCUAAUAAUAGAUCAUUCAACCUAUUUAUAUACUAUUUAAUGAUGAUUAUGACCAUUAUUUAUGUAUCAGCAAAACUGCUUCUUAACAUUAAAAAAAUUAACGCAUACUUAUUCAGCAUGUUGUCUGCAGCUACAAUUCAAGUAAAGGUCACUAAAAUAAAUGUUCUUCAUGUGGUGUUUACUGAGCAUUUUUUUUUUUACAUCUUUAUUGGAGUAUAAUUGCUUUACAAUGGUGUGUUAGUUUCUGCUUUAUAACAAAGUGAAUCAGUUAUACAUAUACAUAUGUUCCCAUAUCUCUUCCCUCUUGCGACUCCCUCCCUCCCACCCUCCCUAUCCCACCCCUCUAGGUGGUCACAAAGCACGGAGCUGAUCUCCCUGUGCUAUGCAGCUGCUUUCCAGUAGCUAUCUAUUUUAUGUUUGGUAGUGUAUAUAUGUCCAUGCCACUCUCUCACUUUGUCACAGCUUACCCUUCCCCCUCCCCAUAUCCUCAACUCCAUUCUCUAGUAGGUCUGUGUCUUUAUUCCUGUCUUACCCCUAGGUUCUUCAUGACAUUUUUUUCCCUUAAAUUCCAUAUAUAUGUGUUAGCAUAGGGUAUUUGUCUUUCUCUUUCUGACUUACUUCACUCUGUAUGACAGACUCUAGGUCCAUCCACCUCAUUACAAAUAGCUCAAUUUCGUUUCUUUUUAUGGCUGAGUAAUAUUCCAUUGUAUAU